AUGAAUCACCCGUUUGUAGUGAAGCUCCACUACGCCUUCCAGACCUCCACCCGCCUCUUCCUCAUCGUCGACCUGCUCCAGGGAGGAGAGCUCUUCUAUCUGCUGCGAAAGAUGAAGAAAUUCGAGGAAAAACUGGCCAAGUUCUACGCGGCAGAGAUCCUGCUGGCUCUGGAGUACCUCCACAGCAAGAGCAUUAUCUACAGGGAUUUGAAACCUCAGAAGACGUACAGUCUCUGCGGAACGCCAGAGUACAUCGCUCCUGAAGUGAUCAUGCGGAAGGGAUACACCCAGGCGGCGGACUGGUUCAGCUUCGGGUCGCUGAUCUACGAUAUGCUGACGGGGCGGCCGCCCUUCCUCUCCAACAACAAGAGCGCCAUGCUCAAGAACCUCGUCACCAAGCCUGUCCCCCUCCCCUACUACCUCUCCGCCGAGGCCAAGAGCCUGCUAAACGGCCUCUUCAAGAUCAACCCCACCGAGCGACUAGGCUACAAGAACGGAGCGGAGUAG